AUGAGCCUGUACGGGCUGGACGAGUCUAUUCGGCAACUGCUGAGGUUGGACAGAUUUUCGACGGUUGAUUUCAAUGCUAAAGACUUCAUCAAGCAGUUAAGAAGCACUCAGAAGGACGCGGGUAUUGAGGACGAAGUUUUGGAUCCCAAGCCGUACAUUCGUACUUUUGAGGCAGUGCUCAGUGAACUUGAACGGCUCCGGGAUGUCGCACAACAUGGAGAAGAUGCCGCAGGAACCGCUGCCGAUGGUCUGCGAGAUGACUUCAACGAGUCUGUCCUAGGGCUCGCUACUAAUGUUGACAAUGCCGUUGCCCAGAUCAAGCAGCUCGACGAGCAGGUAAGCGACGUGACUCGAGCCACAAAUUUUGUGGGUGACCGCCUCGAACGCAUUAGUGCAAUGCACCAGAAGGCCCGCACCAGUCGCCGCUUGGUUGAGUACUAUGUCAGUUUUUUGAACCGAGGUGAGUGUCCCGAGUUGCACCGCCUGUGGACGUCGGAGAACCCUACCGAUCGUAGACAUUGCGCUCAGAUUGUUGGACAAUUGCAAUUGCUCGCUCGCAAAAUCGGCGAUAUACCGGGAAGCGAGAAAGCCGAAAACGACAUUGAUAAGUUUGCCGAGCAUCUGGAGACCCACUUUGUAGGACUCUUUCAAGAUGCCUACGCAUCAUUCGACCUGCUAGGCAUGAAGGAAAUCGCCCACGUCUUGCACGACUUUAACGGUGGUGCCUCUAUUGUACAAGCGUUUGUGAACCAGCACGACUUUUUUAUGCAAAUUGACAAAAUUGAUGAUAACUCGGCUUUGCACAAUGAAGAGAUGUGGGCACAUUUGAGCGAUUUAAAGUCGGGGUGCCCCGAGUUUGAAAAAGCCAUUUCGUCGCUGGUCGAUGACGUGGUUGAUACCGUUAUGGCUGAAACAGAUAUUAUUCGUAAAGUCUUCCCUCAGCCGGCUCAAGUUUUGACUGUGUUCAUGCAACGAACGUUUGCCCAGCGUAUUCAGGGCCAAGUCUCUCUGUACAUCGAAGAGGCAGAGAGCAGAUCGGCACUAGCACAUGUCCGAGUAUUGUAUAUUUGCUAUCACUUGAUUGGCGUGAUGGUGAAAACUCUUAAGUUCCACUGGUCAAAGCAAAACAUCGACGCAGAUGGUGAGCUCUCGCUCAUGCUGGAUUCGAAUUUCAAUGACACGUUCGUUAUGUUUAUGGACAAGUACUUUGCUAUUGAGCGUCGCAAUCUUGAACAGAUUAUCUCGUCCACCUUCCAGUAUUUCUACAAUUCCGAAAACCGCCAUGAAGAUUCCCCUGGCCCCCACAAACUCCAGAGAAUAGUAACAAACGAAGGGUCUGGAAGUGGCUACGACACAGAUGAGGAAGCAGCAAGUGCUGCAGAAACUGAUAUUGAAGACUCGAGAAUGGACAAAUUCAUGCGUGCUGUUCGUCUUGAGAGAGGCAAUACCGUGCGCAAACGUGUUUCACUCCCGUGGGAAGAUCCUCAACUUGUGUUAGACGAUAUGCGUACAGUGCUAGCUGCAUUUGCUGAGGCGGUCGGCCGAGAACAAGUCUUGUCACCUUCUGCCCGGAUUCCUCACGAUGCCGUCGAGCUUUUCAACACGUUGAUCCGGGAAGUUGGCGGGAGUUACAUCAAUGAGGCAUUGUACCGGGCCAUUAAAGGAAUAUUGAAAAUUCCCAACAACGAGCCGAUAAACUGGGCAUUCCUGGACAUCGUUCGACGGUCCGCUAAUUGCGUGCAGAUGCUGGCGAUGUUUGUUCGAACAGUAUUGUUUUCCAUGGUCCGGGGAAUGGAGGCGACGCAAAACGAAAUGGCAUCCACCAUCAACGAGUACAUUAUUACGGCACAAGAUCUCUGCAGUGAACUGCUCUCUAAUGUUACCGAGCUUGUGCAUCUUCGCACCGUCGAGGCGUUUCAGAAACAAAAGCCUCGGGACUUUGCCCCUAAAGAGCAUGUUGAGCCAAACACUAGUGCUGUUUGCCGUUAUGUGAUCGAGUGCUUCACUGCUGUAAGCCAGCAAGCGCAAGAAUCACUCAGCGGGGAGAAUAGACAAAACUUUUUGGUGUCCUUGGCUGGCGGCCUAUAUAAUGACCUGGUUACCCAAAUCAAAAAGUACCGGGACAUCAACCCCGUAGGCGGGCGUAUUCUUGCUGCUGAUCUGCACGCAUACGAGCAGCUUGUGGUGAGCGAUUGGGGGAUUCUGGAGGUCGCCGACUCGUUUGCGACCCUCAAAGCAAUUGCCAAGCUUUUCUAUGCCGAUGUCCAAAUGCUCCCCUCGCUUCUCAGAGACAGCAGACUCGCCCGUCUCAAACCACAAACGUUACAAAUGUACGUUGGUCAACGACAUGACUUCCAGUCCCGCAAUUUGCACAUGCUUUUCUUGGGCAAGACUGGUUAUCGUUACGGCUGGUACUAG